AUGACAGAAGCAGUAGCAGAAGUAAUAGCAAAAGUAGCAGAAGCAGCAAAAGCAGCAAUGGCACAAGCAGCAGCAACAGUCGAGGCAAAAAUAGCAGAAACAGAAACAGCUAAAGCAACAAUAGCAAAAGCAGCAAUGGCAAAAGAAACAGCAGAAUCAACAGCAGAAGCA